AUGGAUUGCCACAUUCUCCUUCUAACUUUCCCGUCGCAAGGUGCCAUCAAUCCGUCAAUCCAAUUUGCCAAGAACCUCAUACGAAUGGGUGUUAAGGUCACCAUUAUCAUAAGUCUCUCUGCCCACCGUCGUAUGACCAAAUGCAACAGCACAAUCCCAAAAGGCUUAUCCAUAUCUGCCUUCUCCGAUGGCUAUGAUGACGGGUUCAAAGAAGGGGACAACCACGAACACUUCAAGUCUGAGUUCAAAAUUCGCAGUUCCAAAGCCAUGGCGGAACUCAUCAAGUCCAGUGAUGAAGAAGGCUACCCAGUAAAUUGUUUGGUCCACACUAUGGCUCAACCAUGGGUUACUGAAGUUGUUCAUGCCCAUCACAUCCCAUCUACACUUCUAUGGACUCAACCAGCCACAGUUUUCAAUAUCUUCCACUAUUACUUCAAUGGCUAUUGUAACGACCCUAACUGA